AUGGCUUCUACAGCUUUGUCGCGACCAACCAAUAUCUGCCGUCCCAUCACAAACCAACGUUUCUAUGCUGUUCAAGCUGCUGGAGCUCCUCGUUUCCAGGUCUUCAAUCGCCGCACAAAAUGGUUACAGAAAGAGCGUGCGGGUAUGAAUGCGGAGGAAAGCCGUGAAACUGAUUAUCUCAAAGACGAGGUUGCCAUUCGGUUGUCAGAGCGACUUCUCGAUAUCAAACGACACUUCCCUCGAGUACUGGAUCUCGGUGCAAACUCUUGCAAUAUCGCACGAGCGUUGGUUCGCGAGAAUCCUGAUCCUGGUUCCAAUGCGCCCCAGUCACCACCAUUGUCGACACGUAUUGACGAGUUGGUUGCUGCCGAUUCUUCUUAUUCGCUCUUGCACCGAGAUGCCGAUCAUGAGUUUAACAAGAAGCUUAACAUUACUCGAAAAGUAGUGGACGAUGAAGAGACAAUUCCCUUUGAACCUAAUUCUUUUGACUUGGUCCUGAGUUCAUUAAGUCUUCAUUGGAUUAACGACCUACCUGGUAUUCUCACUCAAAUCAACAACGUUCUCAAGCCCGAUGCACCUUUCAUCGGAGCCAUGCUUGGAGGCGACACGCUCUUUGAAUUGAGGACGUCACUACAGCUAGCAGAAUCAGAAAGACGAGGCGGCAUGUCUCCUCGAGUUUCUCCUUUGGCUGAUGUCAAGGAUCUUGGCGGUCUGCUUCAGAAAGCCGGCUUCAAGAUGCUGACUGUCGAUAUCGAUGAUAUCAUUGUUGACUAUCCUGAUAUGUUCACUCUGAUGCAGGAUCUACAGGCGAUGGGAGAGGGUAACGCGGUUAUUGGAAGAGAGAUGGGCCCGAUUCAGCGAGAUGUUCUUCUCGCUGCUAAUGCCAUCUACAAAGAACUUCACGGUAAUCCGGAUGGAACUAUUCCUGCCACUUUCCGAGUUCUCUACAUGAUCGGAUGGCGAGAGGGCGAGAACCAACCCCGGCCUCUGCCGAGGGGUAGUGGUGAUAUAAACUUGAAGGAUGUUUUGGAGCAAAAAUAG